CUUUGGACCUGAAUAUAAAAAGGCCCAAACACGAGUCACCGGGAAUUAAAAACACUCCUCGUCUUCUCGUUAGUGCGAUGGUGAACCCAGCGAAUCCAGCACCCGCUUCUCUCAAGCCGGAUCUCACCGUGCAGUGUGUCCCGGCAAACAGUACAUCUCCGUGCGCAAGUGAUAUCGCUGCACCACCUACUCCGCGAACUCCCGCAGAUGAAGGGAAGGAAUUCUUCCUGAGCGAAAGGGCUGAGGGCGAGGCGCCUAUUCGUGUGUACGAAUUCAAGUUAGGUGCCAACGGCGGGCCCAGCAAGGAAGGAUCUUACAUCCGUCUCCCUCCCGCGUAUAUCCCGUAUAUCCUUCGUGUAUCUCUGGAUGCAGGGACGCCGGCGUCAAAGAAUGGUGUCUUCAAGACCAACUUUCCCCUCGACGGUGGCGCUUUCGAAAGGGAUAGGUUCACGGAGCGAAGCUUGCCGACUGACCUUUCGAAACCCAUCCGAGUAGAUCUACCUAUAUCCCAUGCGGGUGCCUUUGUUUAUUGGGUUGAAUACGAUGGCGAUGCUCCUGGAGAGCGCAUCAAAGGACGUGAAGGUUAUUUCAACAUAGACCCAAUUUUACGAGUUCGCGCACGAACGUCUAUUCUUUCAUCGGACUCGAAGCCUUUGCUGCCCUCGGAGGGAGGUGCUAAAUUACUCUCCGAAGUCGUGAACCUUCCACUGGAUGCCCUGUCAAUACUGACAGUAGUCUCGAAGUGGAUGGGACCAAUUUCACAAUGGAAAGCACAUUUCGAGGAAGCUAGCGACCGCGGAUAUACCAUGCUACAUUGGACACCACUGCAAGAACGUGGUGAAAGCAACAGCCCGUUCUCGAUCAGAGACCAGAAGAAAUACGAUCUGUCUGUAUUCGAUACCCCUGUUGACUCUCAAACAGCGAGUGCGCACAUGGAGGAAAUACUCCGUGUCGCCAAAGAAGAAUAUGGUUUGCUCAAUCUGACAGAUGUCGUGCUCAAUCAUACAGCUAAUGACAGUCCCUGGCUUGCCGAACAUCCUGAGGCCGGAUACAGCCCUUCGAAUACUCCUCAUCUUACUCCUGCGCUUGAAUUGGAUACGGCAAUCCUGGAGUUCUCAUCAUCACUUUCCGAGAAUGAUUUGCCUACACACGUGUCGUGCCAGAAGGACAUCGAUACACUCCUGAAUGCCCUUUCCGGCUAUGUGGAAACCAAACAACUGUGGCAGUACUAUGUGCUUAACGUCGAGGCAGAGAAAGCCGCACUCACGGAUGCUUUCUUAUCGAACACGACCGUUCCUUGGACUGGAGAAGACGUAGCUGGAAGAUCUGUUGUCGAACUUGCAAAUAUCUUACGAUCAGCAUCCUUGAUCCAAGGGGAAGGAACAUUGGCCUCGCGGUUCGUUGCUUGCGUAGAUGGUGGCAUUUCAGCUGGAUUCAUGAAGGCGGCCCUUCCGACGCUCGCAAAUGACGUCAACGCACUGGGGCUAGCUUGGACACGUGUGGUGGAUGUACUCAACGUGCCACUCUAUGCCGAGUGGAAGGAGGACACCCGGGUUGCACUAGACAACAUCAGGAACAGAUUGAAAUAUACACGUCUCGACGACGAUGGCCCUAAGCUUGGAGAGAUCUCCAAAUACUCGCCCCUCGUUGAAUUGUACUUCACUCGUGUCGCGCCACACUGCCAUUCCGAUCCAGCGAAGUAUUCCCUUGCCCACAACGGUUGGCUGUGGAAUGCGGAUCCGCUGGUCAAUUUUGCUCUCCCACCCUCUAAAGCGUAUCUGCGCAGGGAGGUAAUAGUAUGGGGUGACUGUGUAAAGCUUCGUUAUGGAUCCAGUCCUUCAGAUAGCCCCUGGCUAUGGGAGCAUAUGACGUCCUAUGUCACUUAUUUAGCGCGCACUUUCGAUGGCUUCCGUAUUGACAACUGCCACUCGACACCUCUGAACGUCGGUACUGCGAUGUUGGACACGGCCCGCAAGGUGAACCCGAACCUCUACGUGUGUGCCGAACUAUUCACGGGCAGCGAGGAAAUGGAUCUUCUGUUUGUGCGCAAGCUGGGCGUAAACAGUCUCAUUAGGGAGGCCGGGAACGCAUGGGAUGCCCAGGAGUUUUCGCGGGUCAUGCAUCGAUUUGGGCUGGGAAAACCAGUUGGAUCCAUGGACGAAGCAUGUAUGACAAGUACGGAAGAGCUAGCACCUCCAUUCGGCAAGGGACCAACUCGACCAUGCAUUGUCAGUCCAUUGAAUGGCUCUACCCCUCACGCCCUAUUGUACGACUUAACACACGAUAAUGAAUCGUAUUUGGACAAGCGGACCGCGGAACAUGCACUCGCCGUGGCGGGAAUCGUCACGUUUGGUUACUGCGCCGUUGGUUCCGUCAAGGGCUUCGACGAUCUCUACCCGAAGCUAUUAAAACUGGUUCAAGAAACACGAACGUACGAAAUAACCGGCCUUUCUAAGAACUCUGGUAUCUCUAGAGCGAAAAGGGUACUUAAUUCGCUGCACAGGGAGAUGAUGAUAGGAGGAUACACGGAAGGAAAUGUGUAUCGAGACUCUAAUUAUAUCGUGAUGACAAGAAUGCAUCCCGUCACUCAGCACGCAUACGUACUCGUUGCGCACACGGCUUUCGAACAACGCGAGAAGGUGCGCGGACCGUUUAAACCCUCGGAACUAGCUCAAACCCGUGCAAAAUUUAUCUGUGGUUUCGCCAUCGACAUUCUUUCGUAUGAAACACCCGAAGACCCAGGAUUGCUCAGGGGUCUUCCUGCUACACUGAUCGAGUUGCCAGAAGUUCCUGUCGAACAGAAGAACCUUGUUUCUGAACCUCACUGCUCGUUUGGUCCCCCGGAGUACUUCCCUCCGGGAAGUAUCAUGAUAUUUGAGACACAAUUGGAGCGAGUUGACCUCGAGCUGGACAAGUUUUGCAAGUCGGGUGCCGAGUCCGCCUUUGGCGGCCUUGACCUAGCGGAAUUGAAUGUCGUUCUGCAUCGCGCAGAUGCAGAAGAGAGGGAUGCUACCGGCGGAAAAUUCGGUGUUUAUGACGUCCCUGGUGCAGGGUCACUAACAUAUUGUGGGUUAGAAGGGUGGAUGCACCCCUUGAGACAUAUCACAAGGCAUAACGAUCUAGGGCAUCCUCUUUGUGAUAACCUCAGACGUGGCACUUGGGCCCUUGAUUAUGUCGUCUCACGGCUGGCAUACCAAAUAGACAGUUUCCCUAACCUUGCGGCCCCUGUUCAAUGGUUCCUAGAGAGGUUCGAGCGUGUUAAGAAUAACGCUCCUGCAUAUCUGCGUCCGAAGCUCUUCGCUAUCGUCAUGACGGAAGCAUACAAAGUCGCUCGCCGUGCUGUCAUCGAACAGUGCUCAGAAUUUGUCUCCGACGGGCAUGACUUCACCCAUAGCCUAGCCAUGUGUGCGGUGCAGAUGCACGGCAUAGUGAAAUCCGCGUCGCUAGAUCCAGUGAAAUCUACACCCUCCCUGGCAGCGGGUUUACCCCAUUUCAGUGUUGGGUGGGCUAGGUGCUGGGGCAGGGAUGUAUUCAUCUCACUUAGAGGCUUGUUCCUGGCAACGGGAAGCUUUGAAGGCGCAAAGAACCAUAUUUUGGCAUUUGCGUCUACGCUUAAGCACGGGCUAAUCCCGAACUUAUUGGACUCGGGAAGGAAUCCUCGGUAUAAUUCACGUGAUUCCCCAUGGUGGAUGCUGCAAAAUAUCCAAGAUUAUGUCAAAAUGGCGCCGAAUGGUCUUUCGAUUCUGUCAGAAUUCGUUCCGCGACGGUUUCCUGUGGACGACACCUGGGUUGCCUGGGACGAUCCCCUGGCAUACUCUUGCACUAGUACGCUUGCGGAAAUCAUUCAAGAAAUCCUCCAGCGACACGCUUCGGGCAUCUCUUUCCGCGAGUAUAAUGCUGGUCCCAACCUUGACCAACAAAUGAAAGACAACGGGUUUAACAUCGGUAUCUAUGUCGAUUGGGAGACAGGAUUGGUCUUCGGAGGAAAUGCUGAUAAUUGCGGGACUUGGAUGGAUAAGAUGGGGGAGUCCGUUCGGGCGGGGACGAAAGGCGUACCAGGGACGCCUCGAGACGGUGCUCCAAUUGAGAUAACAGGAUUGGUCAAGAGCACGGUUCGGUGGCUGGAUGAGCUUAGCAGGAAAGGCAGAUUUCCCUAUCGCGGAGUAUUUUCAUCCGUCGACGGUGAAGAGAGGUUUGUGACAUAUGGACAGUGGAAUGAUCUCCUCCAGAAGUCGUUUGAAAAGCAUUACUAUGUCCCACUUGACCCAUCUGAGGACGCCAAGUAUAUCAUUAACACGAAUGUGGUGAAUCGGCGAGGCAUUUAUAAGGACGUGUACGGGUCUGGACAAGGGCGGGAAUGGUCUGACUACCAGUUCAGACCCAAUUUCCCGAUCGCGAUGGCCGUCGCGCCAGAAAUGUUCGACGAAAACCACGCACUUGAAGCACUACGCCUUGCUGACACAGUCCUCCGAGGGCCGUUAGGUAUGAAGACGCUGGACCCCUCUGACAGACAGUACAGGCCGAACUACGAUAACUCAAAUGACUCCGAUGAUCCAUCGGUAGCCAAAGGUUUGAACUACCAUAACGGGCCUGAAUGGGGGUGGCCACUUGGAUAUUUCCUGCGCGCGUAUCUAUAUUUCGAUACUCGAGUUGGUGAGGGAAAGGAUGACCCUAUGAGGACACUUCACCGGUUGCAUCGUGCGUUGUUUGAGCCACGAAGCCACAUCCAAACUGACCCUUGGGCGGGUCUUCCGGAGUUAACGAACGAAAAUGGUGCAUUCUGCCGAGACUCAUGCAAUACUCAGGCCUGGAGUGCGAGUACGAUGCUGGAUUUCUUGGAAGAUGUACACGAGUAUGCGAGACCGUGAGCGUACAUACCACUUAAGUAAGUACUUGGAUUAGACUCGGAGAAUGCGGGCUGGCGGCAUACACCUUGCUUGCAAAUGAAACAUGUCAUUUUGGAAGGAGUAUAGUGUAGGGAAAGAAUACGAUA